AUGGCUAAAGCUCUUGCUGAAGCAACAUCCGAAAAUGUAGUUAAAUUUAUUUAUGAUGAAAUAUUAAUAACAUUUGGUUGCCCUAUAUCAGUAAUUAGCGAUCGUGGAAAAGCAUUUGUGUCAAACACACUGAAAAAAUAUUUAGAAUUACAACAAAGACAUCAUUUACAUACAUCGAACGUUUUAAUGGUAUGUUUAUAUCCAUGUUUACAAAAUACGUUAAAGGUGGGACACAAAUGGGGAUGUUUAUAUUCAACAAGCAUUAUUUGCAUGUCGAAACCAACAAUACCUGGAGAUACACAUCAACCAUAUGUUUAUGAUGAAAAUAAUAAUAAUGAUUUAAAUGAAUAUCGCGCUAUACAAUUAGAAGAAUUAGGUGAUCGACAUUCAGCAGCUCAGAUUAUGACGUAUCAACGAGUUCAAUAUAAAGGUCGAACAAAAAAUAUUUCAAUUAGCGUGAUUGAUAAUCAAGAAUUUGUUUUGUUACAAGAUGUACAUGAUAUUUUUCCGAAAAUAACUGUUCUGUUAUCGGCUGAUGAUAAUCCAAUUCAAUAUGAAAUGGACGACAAAGGCAAUCGAUUAUUGCCAUUAAGAAUAAAAGCUUAUUCAAACGAUACGCUCAUUGGAUAUUCACCAGAUGAUAGUGAUACAAGUGAUAAUAGCCAAAAAGCAACAGGAACGAAAACAAUGACAAUGGUAACAAAAACGAAGGAAAUUUUGCUUCCUUUAAUGACAAAAUUAUUUGAUUUUCUUUUCAUUAUCGGACUCCAGUCGAAAAGUAAGCUUUUUUCUUCAUCUGCAGCGGCUUCGCUAAAGGAAAAGUCUCCACCAGACGAAAUUGUCGAAAAACAAAUUAGUAUUAGGAAAGAGGAUAUUGAUGAAUUGAAAUAA